GUCAUCUGUGUCAAAAACAUUCCAAUAAAUUGAAAACAAUUCAAAAAUUGAUACGAAUUACGAAAUGAGAAAUAAAUACCAAAGGUGUGAAAUCUGCAGAAGGAAUACUAAUGUUAAAGAAAAACACAUAUUAGCAAGAUUUCCCACGGACGAAGAACGUUGCAAGAAAUGGGUCAAAGCCGUUGGGAUUCCAGAAUUGGCUAGAUUAACUAUAGCUCAAUUACAUUAUUCCCACUUUCUAUGUGGCAAACAUUUUUCGGAUGAUAACUUCCGUUCAAAAAACACUAGGCUAAAAAUAACUGCCAUACCUACCCUGCAUCUCAUAAACCCACCCCUGAGUGAUACAUUUUUAGAAAACUUUCCAGGCAAGAAGCUUAUGCAAUUACCUGAGGAUGCAAUAGUUAUACGUAAGAUUGUAACAAUACACGUUGAAAAUGGAGUCACCACUGCAACCACCACCCAACAAUUUUUGGAUGAACAUAAUUAUUUUCAACAAAUUGAUCCAUUAAAAUGUGACACAAGCGCGCAGAUUGAUACAGGUAAAGAGGACAAUGGCAGUGAUAGUGCUAACAAAAAGGAGAAUCGUGAGGAAAUUAAAAUGGAAACAUCAAGUGCACCAAACGCCGAAACUGAUGCAGACAUAGACGAUGCAGAAGAUUAUAGUGCACCUAUUUCUUCAUCACUUGUUGGUAUAUCUGAAGACCAGAAUCGCAAGACAAUGGAAAUUAAUGGAGUAGUCCUAACCUGGUAUAGUCCAGAUCCCACCACCUCAAGCGCUCAAUUAGAUGUGGUGAACCAUAGUUCUAAUGUUACCAUAACGAAUCCGGGUCCCACAACUUCAAGCGUUCAGUCAACUGUAGCUAACCAUAGUUCAAAUGUUAAGAAAAAGCAGCCAGUCACAAAACAAGACAAGGGGGAAAUCAAAAGGCUAAAAGCCGCCCUCGCCAAUCACUACCGUAAGAAAACGGCACUAAAAUUAAAAGAAAUGAAAAGAAAAUUAAGAGAUAUCCGAAAGAAAUUAAGGGCCAUAGAAAGCAUCGAAUCGCCUCUAAUGAAAUCCUUCAUCGAAUCGGAAAUAUCCAACAGUAAGAAAAACGCGCACGGUAAACGAUGGUCCACGUUUACCAAAUGCGUGGCAUUAGGUCUUUACAACACAGCGCCACAGGCAUAUACUUACUUAGCAAAGUUGUUGCCGCUACCGACCGUAAAAACCAUAAAAACAGUUUUUCAAGAAUUCCAACAAGAAGGCGUCGCCGUGAAUGCACUUGAACAGCUGCAGCCGCAGACUGAAGACUUUCAGGCGGCCGAUACUUUAGUAUUUCCGUCGGCCGAUACUAUAGUCGAGCGUUUACCGUAUGAAGAAUAAAGACGUAUAAAGGGGCGCGCAAUAAAAGAUUUGUAUCGGCCGAUAAUAAUUUAACCCUAUAACUAUAACCUCAAUUUGAUCAAACUAUCGACCGACUAAAAGUACGAGUAUGUAAUCUAUGUAAAAUAUGCAAACCUCCAAGAAGAGUAUUUCCUGUUAAGAGGCCGGCAACGCAAUCUUCUGAUGUUUCGAGUGUC